AUGAUAAAAAAUUUAAUUUUUUUACUUUUUUCAUUAUCAUUUAUUUUUUGUGAUCUUAUUGAAUUAUCAAAUAUAAUUAUACGUGAACAUACAUCAAUAGGUCAUUUAUUAGUUAAACUUAAUACAUCAAUAAAUCAACGAUAUUCAUAUCGUUUUGUUAAUAAUAAUUAUCGUGAAAUUCAACAAUAUUUUUCAUUAAAUUCAACAACAGGUGAAUUACGUAUUGCUAUGGAUAUUGAUCGUGAAUUAAUUUGUAUACAUCAUCGACAUAAUCAAUGUAAAUUUUUAUUAAAAAUUUUUGAAUUAUAUAAUGAAAAACUUUAUUAUAUACCAAUUAUAAUUGAUGAUAUAAAUGAUCAUCAACCAAUAUUUCCAUAUAAAACAUCAGAAAUAAUAUUACAUAUAUCAGAAAAUUCUCCACCAUAUCAAUCAAAACUUUUUUUACAACAAGCAUAUGAUUAUGAUUAUAUAGAUAAUCAAAAUCAAUUAAAAUAUCAAUUAAAAAAUUUCGAUGAAAAUUUUCCAUUUAUACUUGAAUUAAAUAAUGAUUUAUCAAAUCGUUUAGUUCUUUUACUUAUUGAAACACUUGAUAGAGAAUUAAUUGAUUCAUAUAAUUGUACAUUAUAUGUUACAGAUACAAAUGGACAUUAUACACAACUUUAUAUUAAAAUUAUUAUUGAUGAUGUUAAUGAUCAAACACCAAUUUUUGAAAAAGAUAUUUAUUCAAUUGAAUUAUCUGAAAAUACAUCAAUAAAUACAAAAAUUCUUCAAGUUCAUGCAUAUGAUGAUGAUAUAGGUUUAAAUGGUGAAAUAAUAUAUGAUUUUACUGAUGCAUCAAAACAAUAUAAUAAUAUAUUUUCUAUAAAUAAUAAAACAGGUGUUAUAUAUCUUCAUUCAUUACUUGAUUAUGAACAACGUACAUCAUAUUUAUUUUAUAUUGAAGCACAUGAUUUAGGAAAAGAAAUACGUUCAUCACAAACACUUAUUAAUAUAACAAUAUUAGAUGAAAAUGAUUGUUAUCCAAUAAUAAAUUUUCAAUUUUUACCUGAAAUAAAUUCUAAUAUAUCAAAUGAUAUUAUUGAAAUAUCAGAAAAUUAUUCAAUUGAUAAAUUUUUUGUUAAAAUUUUUAUAAUUGAUUAUGAUAGUUUUAAUAAUGGAAAUAUUUCAUUAUGGUUUGAAAUAUUAGAUAAUAAUAAUAAUAAUAAUAAUAAAAAUUAUCAAGAAUUUCAUUUAUAUCAAAUAAAUAAUUUAACAUAUUUAUUAAAUUGUACAAAAUCAUUUGAUUAUGAAUAUCAACAAAUUUAUUAUUUAAAAUUUUAUGUUAAUGAUUUUAAUUUAAAUAAAUUAUUACAAACAAAUAAAAUUUUAACAAUAAAUAUUUUAGAUGAAAAUGAUAAUCAACCAAAAUUUUUACAACAAUAUUAUCAAUUAAAAAUUUAUGAAAAUAAUCAACCAAAUAUAAUAUUAACAAAAAUUGAAACAUUUGAUCCUGAUAAUGGUGAAAAUGGUCGUUUAACAUAUGAAAUAUUAACAAAUGAAAAUUUUUUACCAUUUUCAAUUGAUAAUAAUUCAGGUAUAUUACGUUGUUUAGAUAUAUUUGAUCGUGAAAAACGUUCAAAUUAUACAUUUGAUAUAAUUGUAUAUGAUCAUGGUUAUCCAAUAAGUUUAUCAUCAAAAAUUUCAAUUGAAAUUUUUAUUGAAGAUAUAAAUGAUAAUAAACCAAUAUUUGAAUAUGAUAAAUAUGAAUUUUUUCUUGAAGAAAAUUUUCCAUUAUGGAAAAUAUUUGCUUCUAUUCAUGCAUAUGAUUAUGAUUUAAAUACAAAUUUAUAUUAUUUUAUUGAAAAUGAAAAUCAUUUUCAUAUAAAUCAAUAUGGUGAAUUAUAUUUAAAAAAUUUCAUUGAUUAUGAAUUAAAAAAUAAAUAUUUUUUUUUUAUUAUUGUAACAGAUCAUUUUUUUCAAACAUCUGUACCUAUUUCAAUUGAAAUAUUAGAUAUUAAUGAUAAUAAACCACAAUGGAAAAAUCCAAUAAAAAAUUUUACAAAUUUAUUUAUUAAUAAAGAUCAAAUAAAAAUUGGGACAAUAAUAAUGAAAUUUGAAGCUAUUGAUUAUGAUAAUAUAACAAAUGGAAAUGGUUUAGUUAAUUAUUAUUUAAAUGAAAAUUAUUAUUUUUUAAAUUUAUUAAAUAAUGGUGAUUUAAUAUUAAAUUCAACACCAAUUAUUGGAUAUUAUUUAUUAAAUAUACAAGCAAAAGAUAAUGGAAAAUUUUUACAAUAUUCAUCAUUAAUAAAAAUUAAUUUAUUUAUUAAUGAUAAUAAUACAAAUAUAAAUAAAUUUUAUAAAAUAAAUUCAUUAACAAUAAUACAACGUUUUAUAUUAUUAAUAACAUUAUUUCUUUCAAUUAUAUUUAUUUUUAUAUUUAUUAUUUCUAUGAUUUUAAUUAUUAUAUGUCGAUAUCGAAAACGAAAAUAUUUAUCAUAUAUAAAAUAUCAAAAAAAUCAAUUAAAUAAUAAUAAUAAUAAUACAAAAUUAACUAAUGAUCAUAAUCAUUCAAUAGAUUCAAAUUCAAAUUCAUCUAAAUUAAGUUUGGAAGAUCUUCAUCAAAAACAUCUUGUCGAUCAUUCAUCAUCACCAUCAUAUACAGGUGCAAAUAUCGAUAUACAACAUCAUGAAAUAAUAAAACCAACACAAACAACAAGUGAUUAUUAUAGUAAUAGUAGUAAACAUGAUGAAGAUACUGAUGAAUUAGCUGAUGAACAACGAUCAACAAUUAUAAAUAAUACUGAAUGGUCAAUUGAAAAAAUUCUUUAUCCUGAUUGGUUAUAUAAAGAUAUACUAAUGACAUCAAAAAAACAUUUAAAUACAUCAACAUUUAAUAAUAUUAAUUCAUAUCAAACAUCUAUAGAUGAAAAACAAAUAAUAUCAUCAAAUAAUCAAUCAUCACCAAAACAAGUUCGAUUUGAUUAUCAAAAACAAAUACGUUCAUAUCCACAUUUAAAUACAACUGUUCAACAAUUAAAAACACGAACAAUAACAACUGUUUCAAAUAAUGAUAUACAUAAUACAUUUAUCUAA